AUGGCGCUGAGAGAAUCCACAGAAGAUGGGUCGCAGCUGGAGGACGGGGAGUGCACCUCCGGAGUGACCCCUAGGCGAAAGAGACAGGUUUGCACUUCAGUCUGCAGCACCGCUUCGGACAGCUGCUCUGCUGAGUGCGCACGCGUGGACUCAGACUGCGGAGACGCGCGCGGGGACCACAACUCCCGAAGUACCCCGCGUCUUCGCCCCGGCGACGGCUGCUCUUUGCCAGUGCGCACGCGCUGGCUCAGCGAAGCCCCCGGGGCAGGGACCACAACUCCCAGAGUGCUCCGCGCUCUUGCCGCAGCCGCCGCCGCCGCCGCCGCAGACACCAAGAUGGCCGGGAGACUCACCGCCUUCCUCAAGGAUGUCUGGGCCAAGGAGCCGGUGCUGGUCGCGUCCUUCACCAUCGGGGGCCUCGCUGUAAUUCUGCCCACCAUCAGCCCCUUCACCAAAUACGCCACCAUGAUCAACCAGGUCACGCCCUACACCUAUCCAGUGCCCCUCCGAGAUGAUGGGAACAUGUCCGACGUGCCCAGCCACCCCCAGGACCCUGAGGGUCCAAGCUUGGAGUGGCUGAAGAAACUGUGAGCACCUCCGGUGAUGCGGAGGAGGCCCCCUCCCCUGUGGCCAAUAAAAUGUGAAAAGCGA